GAGCAAGAAAAACAUAAUCGUGUCUUAGCCCUACCUUCCUUGCCUGAUUCAAUGGCGAUGUACUCAAGAGGAUUUACCCCUGGUAGGAAUCCCACUAAUCCUCCGUCAAGAUCUCCUUAUCCUCCUUCCUCAAAUUAUCCACCACCACCUCACUCUGGUAGCAACAGAUCCUACUGUACUCACUGUCAUUCCUAUGGUCACACUGUUGACAAGUGUUACAAGCUCCAUGGGUUUCCUCCUGGGUACAAAGGCAAGGCAAAGGCUCACUGUGUGUCUACAGAAGAUGGUUACUCUGAUGAACAACAUCAUUCACUUCCAUUCCCACCUCAAGAAUGGAGUCAGAUACAAGAAACUUAUCAAAAGAUGACUCAGUUCAUGCAGUCCCAGUACUUUCAACAACAGCCUGACCCUGCUCAGGCUUCUAGUUCCUCUCAGUCUCAUCCUCCUUACAACACUCCUACUGCUAUGUCUGAUAUGCCAGUCUCUCAUGGCCUCCCAUAUGCCAGUUAGGCAUUCUCCAUCACCACUCAUGCUCUUCCUACACCACCAAGUAAGGUCACUGUUCUUCAAUCCUCUUGUAUGUUGGUUGAGGCAUCUCCAAAAUGGAUUCUUGAUACUGGUGCUACUGACCAUAUAGUUAGCUCUCUUAGAACUGUUUCACCUAUAUAUGUUUACCUUCCUAAUGGUGAUAUAGCAUUUAUUACCCAUAUAGGACAGUGUGUUAUAUUCCCUUCCCUUCCCUUACAUGAUGUCCUUCUAGUCCCUAGUUUUACAUUUAACCUAGUAUAUGUAAGCAAACUGUAAGCCAAGGUAGCACUUGGACUGACCUUUGCUAGUUCUCAUUACCUACUACAGGACCUCCAAUCUCUGAGGACGUUUGGUAUAGCUAAUCUUCGAGAUGGCUUACACCAACUAGAUCCUCAUGCUGCUUGCUUGUCUUCUCAACAUAGCUUGUCAUCUACACAUAUAUCCAGCUCUGUCCAGAACUCAUCUUCCCCAAAAUCCAAUAUUGAUCUCUAGCAUUAUCGUAUAGGACAUCUACCCUAUGCAAAACUACCUUUACUACAUUCUAUAGAUCCUGCUAUCACUAUGAAUAAGCAGUUUCAUUGCUC